CCAAGGCUGCCGGGCAGUUUGAAUUUUAGUUCUGUAAGCAACGUUUAGGGUUCAGCGUUUUGGCAGUAGUCCGGUGCAUUCACUCCCCAGCCGCAGCGAAGCGUCUUUGCUACCAGAUCCCUCGAGGUCCCUGUCCCCGAAGCCGCCGGAGGCAUCGCUUAGCAGCUGCUUGGAGGAUGGCCUCAGAUCUAGAAGAGCUAUGCUCUUACGUUAAUGAGAAGAUUGACAAUAUUAAGAAAAUUCUGUCGAUAAGAAAUCUCGGCCAAGAACCUGCCUUGAAGACCACCUUAAGUAAAGUAGGAGAUGAGAUCAUUACAAUAAAUGAACUUCUAAAUAAAUUUGAAUUGGAAAUUCAGUAUCAAGAACAAACCAACAGGUCACUUAAGGAGCUCUGUGACUCUCUUGAAGGCGAUUUCAAAGCUGUGGAGCAUCUCAGAGAACACAUUCCUUCCUAUCUGCCUCAGGUGACAGCCGCCGAGAGCUUGACUAACAGAGCUGAUCCGGAUCCUAGAGAGCCAGUUAGCGCUGAGAAACCUGUCCCGGCAAAGAAGCCUCCCAAAGAACAGAGAGUAAUUAAGGAAAUGCAGUUUGUAACGACUGAUGAAUUCAGUGGUGUUCCUGCGUACAUGAAAUCCCGUUUGACAUAUUGUCAAAUUAAUGAUGUUAUUAAAGAAAUUAAUAAGGCAGUGGUUAGUAAAUACAAGAUUAUGCAUCAACCAAAAGCAUCUAUGACUUCCGUGAAGAGAAAUCACUACCAAAGAUUUAUUAAUGAAGAAACGAAGGACACAAAAGGUCGUUAUUUCUUCGUGGAAGCUGACCUAAAGGACUUCACGAGUUUGAAAACUGACAAGAGGCUGUACGCGAUCUUGAACAUCUUGCGGCAUUGCCAGAGACUAUCAGAGGUUCGAGGAGGAGGACUCACCCGCUAUGUCCUAACCUGAGGCUUUUGCAGGCUCGGGACUGAGUGGCAGUAGGGUAUAGAGAAUAGUCUUGACAUUUCAUGUGUAAUGUCUUUAAGCUUCCAUUUUCUGGUCUUGUUUCUUACGGAAACAAAAAUUUAUUUGAAUAAAGCUUAUGUAUUUUCAAAGUC